AUGGCUUCUAAGAAGUUGGGAUCCGACUCUCAUGGGCCUUUCAGUUAUCUUGAUGAUGUCCCAUUUAAGAUAGGAGACAAAUUCAGAACCCCAGCGAAGGUUGGAUUACCUAUUGGUUUCUGCUUGCCUGAUUCUUCUCAGCUUGUCAGAGAAGCCCAGUAUGACUUCUCACUGGAAAAGAAAACAAUUGAGUGGGCUGAAGAUAUCAAAAAAAUUCAGGCUGCCCAGAGAGAAGCUGAACGCAAGGCAGAAGAAGCACUAGCGAACUCAAAAGCAGCUCCAGAGGACAGCAGCAAAAUGGGGUUCUCAGAGGGACCUUGCCCUGAGGCCAUGCCCCCUCCUAUAAACCCCAUCCUCGCUAGCCUGCAGCACAAUAAUAUUCUUACUCCCACGCCAGCCAACAGCAGCGCUGUGAAGCAAAAGGUUCUCAGUCCAACUCGUCCAAAAGCAGACUUCAACCCAGCUGAUUUUGAAUGUGAAGAAGACCCAUUUGACAAACUGGAAUUAAAAACUAUCGAUGAUAAGGAGGAGUUAAAAAAUAUUCUUGAAAUUCAUGUCGGUACUACUGGGCCAAUUGUUGCCCAGCUGUUAGAUAAUACUUUGCCCAAAGGUGGGUCUGAGUCUGUGUUGCAAGAUGAGGAAGUUCUGGCAUCCAUAGAAAGGGCCACGCUGGACUUCAAGCCCCUUCACAAACCCAAUGGCUUUAUCACUUUACCGCAGUUGGGAAACUGUGAAAAGAUGUCCCUGUCUUCCAAAGUGUCCCUGUCCCCUAUCACUUCAGUGAGCAAUAUCAAAUCCCUGUCCUUUCCUAAACUUGACUCCGAUGAGAGUGAUCAAAAAUCAUCAAAGCUCACAAGCACUUUCCACAGUACCUCCUGUCUCCGCAAUGGCACUUUGCUCAGCUCUUUGCAGACCUGUGCUCAGAGUAAAGCCAGUGAACUGAAUGGACACCAUAUGGUUGGUCUUUCCGCUCUAAAUGAGGACAGUGGCAUGGAGACAUCAACAUUAUCCUCUUCAUCCAGGCUGCCUUCCCUGGCUGUGUCGACAGUUUGUACAGAAGAAGAAUCAUCUCAAAGCACAGCGACUACGGUACAUGCAGACUACAAGGAAACAGAAAUCCCUGUGGUAACGCACCAAAAUUUCGCAGUGUCUAAAGUGCCCAACACCACCAGCUGCACAAAGCGGUCGGGUGGCCCUGCUCCUGAACUACAGCAGAUCCUCUCCGCUAGCGAGAGGCAGUGCGUAGAGACGGUCGUCAACAUGGGGUACUCGCCUGAGAAUGUCCUGAAAGCCAUGAAGAAGAAGGGACAGAACAUAGACCAGGUUUUGGAUUACCUGUUUGCACAUGGACAGCUUUGUGAGAAGGGCUUUGAUCCACUUCUUGUUGAAGCAGCUUUGGAAAUGCACCAGUGUUCAGAGGAGAAG